AUGGUGAAAGUAAAGGAUUUGAAUUAUCCGCCGUACGAAGCCAGAAACCCAGAACGCUGGCGCCUCCCGAACACUAUCACGAAAUCAAUCUGUCUUCUCGCUGGUCGCGAAGCCAGCACUGCACUCCGCAUUGCACUUGGGGGGCACGUUGCUGCGAAUGCAGCGCACGAGGCUACUUACUACGAGCCAUUUACAUACUGGGACUGGCAUGGUGUAGCACCAGAUGAUACCUAUGCGCGGGAAUACAAGAGACAGCGCAUGUGGGAGCACCAUGGAGGCUUUGAGGUUAAUGGAUUAGCUCAUGGAUAUCCGACUCCAAGAGAGAGGUGGGAGGCGUUUAAGAAGAAUGUGGAGAUGGAUCGCAGAUGGGUGAAAAAAAUUGCCGUCGCGCAUUGGAUGGAUAUACAUGAUCUGGAUUGGAUUCUUACCGAACUCAAUGAACUCAAAGGCUUAGACCUAAGCGACGCACCCACGAGCAAAGCAGGAGUGCAACAUCCUUGGGCCUAUCUUAUCAAGCCAGUAGCAGACUGGGACAGUCUCAGUCCGCCCCUAUCCAUAAUCACGUGGCUGGGUGUCCCGGACUGUCGCAAUUCGAUCAAUAAAUUCGCCCUGGACCUUAUUCAGGUACUCUUACAACGCUGCACUAGCCUUCGGACCUUGUCGAUACGAGGGAGACAGUCAGAAGGCAAGCCAGUGAACGCUCACGACUACGUCUGCAAGUUGCCAUAUAUGAUUGCGACGCAUGUUCCAAAAAGCGUAACGACACUCGAGCUUCGACUUCCAUUCCCGCACCUCGACCGCCUCGCCAAUGUUUUGAGAGAUAGUAAAUCGUCUAUCAAUUGCAUUGGGAUCGAUUUUGGGGCAUGGGUGCAAGAAUAUCCAAAGAACCCUGUUGCAACGAACGAGCUUAGAAAGUACGCCAUCAAGGAGGCUGCUAUACUUGCAGCACAAAAGGCUCGCUUCGAAGCAUACGAGAAAGUGCACACCGAGAUACUUGGAGCUGGAAAGACAUGGAUCCUAGAUCAGUCUCAAUUUGGCCAAGGACUGGAACAAGACUAUUUGGAACAUGCAAAGCACGCCUUUGAGCAUGACUUCUAUGCUCAGGAAAGCGGUUCGGUGUCAGUCUCUCUCGACUGGGCAUUACAACCUGGGGGCUCGAGGUGUGGGUUAGAAAAAGCCAGCCAUCACAAAGACUUGUUCCACUAUGUCGAAUUCACGGAUGACAGCACAUUACCUGCGAUGCUAAGCGGACUUCAUCAGUUCGGCAGAGCGCAUAAGGAUAUUGAACUCUUCACAUUGAAGCCCGAGUGGCAAGAGAAGAGCAUGGAUCCUGUGCAUCCGUUUGCGUUGGUGCAGGCUGGUGCACCUUCAGACGCAACUUCGAUGUCUAAAGUCUACCAGUGGCUUAACAGCACGUUCAAAUGGCGACCGAUAUUUGAUUGGGACAGCUUCCCCGGUCCAACCCCCAAAGGUUCUCACGAAGCCUUACUUCAACGAUGGAACCUCGACCCAAAGCUGAAACCCGAACAACUCCUCGACACAAUCUUAACACAAUUCAGCCUCCUUAACGACACCAAUAUACCAAUCCACAUCCUUCUCGGCCGCCGGCACCCAGACAAACCAAGCCUGUACUGGGUCACCCCCACCUCCCCUCCAUCCACCAUGGAAAGAUACCUCAGAACAUCCUUCGAAUUCAACCUCAAGCCCAUUGCGCCCCUCAUCUCUACCUUGUCGAUAAUAUACGACCUUCGCAGCCCCAUAUCUACCAGCACCACCCCCUCCCUCUCAACAGUAACCUGCCCCCGUCCCAUCUGCCCAUGGCACAAAACCUGCCCCUUCCCCAUCCACUCAACAUGGCCCACUUCAUCCCUCACCUCCUCCUACGCCAAGCAAAAAAUGGCAAACAGCAAACCCAUAAAGAUGGCCGACCCGAGUCUGCCUGACCUUGCGCCCAAUACCGCUUAUCUACCACCUACAGGGCCACCUUUCCCAAUAUCCAGAACACGAAGAAACCCUGUCUAUUGCGAGAAGAAACUCCGCUUUCGCUCGCGAAGCCAUUGCGUGGCAGAGAUUCUGGGCCGAAUAUGCGUCACGGCUCACGGGGCUGGAGACGCUGAAUGUGCGCAUGCCGAAGGCGUUUGA